AUGAGUACGUCUAACUUAAGAACUGCGUGCUGGGUUAUAGCUACAAUAAAUAAUAACAGUGCUCACCAUGGCCUCAACUUUCAAAUUCGUGAUAAAGAGAUGGAUGACAUUAUAAAUAACGCUUUUAGAAGCCAAAUUUCUGAUAGGACUCUUUGAAAAUUCUACAUCUUAUUGAAUAGGAGUCUAUCAGAUAUAUUUGAAGAAUUUUUUAAAAGAAAUCCAAUUUGUUAUAAUUUUAUUCAGAUAAUAGAAAAAAAUUUACGCGAAGUAUCAACUGAUCUUAAAGAUAUUAUUUUUGUUCAAAAAAGAGAGUCAAGAAUAAAAUUCAAUAUUUAUGAAGGUGAAUAUAAAUUAAUUUCCAGCUUUAAUAAUAAGCAAGUCUUAUGCCUAUUUGAUGAUCAGUGAUAUGAUUGUAGCAGCCAAGAAGCAAAAAUACUAAAAGGACAGUUGAAUUUCGUUUGCCCAACAACUUUGGUUUAUUUGAGACUGAAAAAAUCUUUGAUGGAUCACGAUAUUAAAAUAACAUCUGAGAAAAGCCAAAGAGUACAAAAAUUGCUAUCUGAUAAUAGAGUAAAAGAACUUUACAGCAGAAACGCUUCAGCAGAGCCUACAGCUCUCUCUUCUAAAAAUUGGUUUAAAUCUCCUGAUCCAUUUCCAAGUGCGUUCAAUCAUAAAGCGUCUGGUACAGAAUCAAAAAUAUUAGAAAGUGAUGAAUAUAAUAGCGAAAAUCACAAAGAAAUAAAAGGAGAGAUUAAGUCGAUAGGAAAUCAGUUUGACAAAAAUACUGGAUGUGACACUGAAAAAGACGAUUUGAAGAUAAAAAUAUUAAUUGAAAAGUCCUUAGCUGACGUAGAGGCAAGAUUAAGAAAAGAAUUUGAAAGGAAACUCCAGAAAAAUUUAGAAAUAUAUAGCCAUGAAGAGUCUUUAAGAUAUCAGCAAGCCAAUAAAGCCAAAGAAGAUUUAUUAAACUUUAUAGAUCCCGAGGCAAUUAUUGAGAAAGCAAGAAAAAGAGCAUAUGGCGAUCUAGUAUCAAUUAAUAAUCAAAGCUAUGAACAGUUUUAUAAUGUGUAUAUAAAACCAUUGGAUGAAAAAUUCAAAAAUUUUGAUUCUAAAUUAAAACAAUUUGAUAUCACAAAGAAUAAUAUAGAUCCAGAGGCAAUUAUCGAGGAAGCAAGAAAAAGAGCACAUGACGACCUAGUAUCAACUAUUGAUCAAAAUUAUAAACAAUUAUAUAAUUUGUAUAUAUGGUUUAAGCUAAUAUCAUGAUAGAGUGCUUUCUUUAAUUGGAAUAUUAUUUUCCAGCAAUGACUGGUUGAAAGUAAAUUUUAUGUUUUAAAGCGCAAGCUUUUUAAAAUUAAACUAAAUUAACUAGAGAUUUAUAUACUACUUAUCGUUAUAUAAAAAAAUAUUUUAUAAUAAAUUUUUAGAUUAAAUAAUUUUUAUCAAUCACGUGGAGUUUAUCUGAAAAAAUAACCGUUUUUCAAUGGUUUUGUUUACUCAAAAUGGGAGGAACAGAAAAAUAUUAGAAGAAGAAACAAAUUGUUUGUCGGCAAAGUUUACUAAAACCUGAGGUCCCAUUUCUAAUGAUAAAGGUGCCUUUUUCACAUCUCAAGAAAGGAGCUGACACGCUUUAUAGAGAGUAGGCCUCGGAGUCCAGCUUCCGAUGAAUAUAGUCAUGCCUAAGAUAUAUCAAGAAAUAAAAUCAAGUUCUGCAAUUGAUUUAAAAAUACUGCAAGAGUCUAACCAAAAUACUGAAUGCAAGCUUGCUGAAUUGGAAAAUUAUUUGAAACCUAAAAUUGGUAUGCUUAAUCUUAAAUAUGACAAUUUGGAUUCUUCUUUCACAAGCAAACUGGAACAAAUUAACCAGAAAUUUAUAAAUAUUCCAAGUAAGCAGCAAAUCGAUGAGACUUUAGCGGGUCUCCAAAUUAAAAUUGAGAGCUGAAAUAAAGAAACAGAAAAAAAACUAAAGGAUUGGGAAGCCUUAUCAUCAGCUGACAAAAAAUUCAAUAAAGAGAAAAUUGAUAGCUUUGAAAAUAAGAUACAGCAAUUAGAACAUAAAAAAAAUGCCAAAAUUACAGUCGAAUUCGACUAUUCUCAAAUUGUGCCUAGUAACCAACCUAUAAUAUCUCCUCAGCCAAAGAUCCUUCCUCUAAAUUUGGUUAAAGAUCUCUUAAAUGAUCCAGAAAUUCAAGCCGAAGCCCCAUGUAUUAGUAGCCAACAAGAAGCUCCAAGGUUAAAAGCGGAUCACAGCAAAGCUUUCAGCAAAUCUGGGUUGCCUAAUAUGUGAAAUACUAGCUAUAUGAAUUCUCUUAUUCAAAUCUUAGCAAGCGCUACUGAAUUUGCGGAGUUUAUAAAGAAUUGCUCCUCUGAUAAAUUACUGAGAAGUUUGACACAAGUUAUACAAUUAAUACAAUCUAAUUCUCCAGAGCAUCAAAUAAGACCCCACAUAAAAGAAAUCAAAGAUAUCAUCCCAGAAGAAUACUCGAUGGUAAAUUUUAACGGGUUUUAUAAAAACGAUCCUAAAGAUUUAUUUAUAAUUAUUUCAGGUAAAGUUGGGAACCCUGAGCUCUUUUCUAUUAUCAAAAAACAAUCAUUUACUUGCCAAUUUAACCAUAAAGAAGAAAAAGAAGACAGUCAAAAUUUUAUAAAUAUUCCAGAAAAUCAGCAAAAUGACAUAGAAAGCUUCUUAAAUUGGCUAAAAGAUUGGAAAAAUUUUUCAGGGCAAAAUCAAUUACAUUGUGCAAAUUGUGGAGGAAUGAGAGAUAUUGUAAUGAAAACUGAAAGCAUUCAAUGGCCAUGCAUUUUAGCAAUUUAUAUGCCUAGUCGGUUAUCACAAGAAAUCCCAAGUUCUUUGCAGGUUGAAAAUAAUUUUUACAAUCUUUUCGGAGUCAUAUACAAACAUAAAAUAAAUAGGCAAUUUUGUAUUUGCAAUUAAUAUUCUAUUUUUUAUAUUAAAUAGAAUUUUCUAUUUAUUGUUAUAAGAUAUAUGCUGAUAUGAGAAAAAUUUUAUAGCAUUUACGAAAAAUGAUGAAAAUGAAUGGGAGAAGUAUAAUGAUUCUGAUGUGAGCAAAACAGAUCCUGAUUGGAAUAGGCUUUACCUUGCAUUUUAUAAGAAAAAUAAUUAA